UCUCAACCUAUGGAAUCUAAGGUAUUUUUUAGUAGAAAAAAAUAUUAUACAGCAUUGUAAAUAGCAGUAUAAAUAUCACACGGUUAAAUUUCGCUUUUCUUUUCUCUGUAACGGCAGAGAUCUGUUUUUAAAGAUACAAUGAACAAAAUAAACACAAAAUCACUGACAAGUUUUAAGAGGGCAGCACAAAUCAAUUUGAACAUAUGUUUUCAUUGUCUCUCGAACCUAGCUUAAGCUGAGAACAGUCAGAGGCUGGCAUUAUUUUGACUCGUUGUAUAUACUUUCUUACUCUCACAGCUGAUAGCAUUUUAAACGUCGUAAUAACAGACAGUAAACUCACGAUGAGUUUAAUCCCUAAAACAUAUAAAGAAACACGUUCACUUGCAGAAAGAAUUCAUGACGUAGAUAUGAUCAAACGUCGUCAUCCAAACAAAAUACCUAUUAUUAUGGAAAGAUACCAUACAGAAAAACAUUUACCUAUAUUGGAUAGAUCUAAAUUUUUGGUACCAGAUUUUUUAACAGUAGCAGAACUAGUAAAAAUCAUUAGACGUAGACUCCAGUUACAUCCAUCGCAAGCAUUUUUUUUAUUGGUAAACGAAAGAAAUCUUGCAAGUGGCAGUAUGACUAUGGCACAACUCUAUCAGAGAGAACAAGACAUUGAUGGCUUUCUUUAUAUGGUUUUUGCCAGUCAAGAUGACUGGCCACCUUGAUGUUAAAGUUGUUGUUGGCCGGGGUUGGGCCUGCUGCCACACCAGGUCUCACCGAUCCUGUGGAGCGUGCUAUAGGGUUCGUGUCGAUAAGCUGUGAAAAGAAAGCGCGUCUCGGAGUCGCCACCCAGUGGCUGAUGAUGGUGGCGACCCCUGGGGCUUCAGACGCUUGGUUGUUGAGGGGGGGUGGCCUCUAC